AUGGCGCGUGCGCAGACACUGAUGCAGCCACCGCCCCGAACCUGAGCUCCAGGGGAAAAGCCACCUGAGACAACAGCCAAUGGAGCGGGCCGAGAAAGGGGCGGGGCUGCUAGUGCGAACCAAUGGACGGGUGAAGCGAGGCCUAGGUCUCUGAGCAGGCACCCGGAAAUUGGGUCCCCCUGGACAAACAGUGGGGUCAGAGGGCACGGAAAGGGCAGAGGUCAGGAACGACUAGCUGGGACACGCGAACACUGUUCCCUUCCCCGUGGGCAAUGAUGACCCAGGUGUCUGUUCUAGAAAAGAACGCCGUCGCGGCGCAACGGGCCGGACCCCUGGAGCUUAAGGCGGCCAAACCUCGUGACCACACGGAGCCCCUCCCGUACCUGCAAGUUCCAAAACACUGAGCAAUGGAAGGGGCGGAGCCGCAGCCAGGUCGGCCGGGGAUGCCCUGCUCCGGCCCCCAUGGAGCUGAAGGUGUGGGUAGAUGGAGUCCAGCGUGUGGUCUGUGGGGUUUCCGAGCAGACCACUUGCCAGGAGGUGGUCAUUGCCCUGGCCCAAGCCCUAGGGCAGACCGGGCGCUACGUGCUCAUCCAGAGGCUCCGAGACAAGGAGCGGCAGAUGCUGCCCCAGGAAUGCCCGCUGGGAGCCCAGGCCACAUGCGGACAGUUUGCCAGUGACGUUCAGUUUGUCUUGCGGCGGACAGGGCCCAGCCUGGCCGAGCGGCCCCCGUCAGACCCCUGCCUUCCCCCGAGGCCCCGGCCCCCACCCCCCCACCACCCUCCUGUGGGGUCCCCUUGCCCCGAAGGCUGCCCAGUGGGGGUGGGAGGGGAGCUGUGGGGCCUGGAGCUCCUGAUUCAGAGCAAUGAGGCCGAGCUGGGGCAGGAGGGCUUCUGGGAGGAGGAGCUCCAGCGGGAGCUGGCGCACGAGCUGGCGCAGCAGGGCCACAGGCAGCAGCUGCAGGCAGCCACCGAGGAGUGCGCCCGGCAUCUUCGGGAGCUGGACGCCCAGGCCCGAGCCCUGGAGGAGGAGAUCAGCUGGUGCCGGCGGCGGCGGCAGCAGCAGCAGCAGGUGCCGAGCCCCGGGAGACCUCAGGAUGAGCUUGCGGCUGCCCGGCUCCACCAGGACCUCCAGGCCCAGGCCCUGCAGAGCCAGAGGCUGGAGAGCAGCCUGGCCAGCGUGGGCCGGGCCCUGGCUGAGGCCGAGCAGAGCCUGCAGGCCCAGGCCCAGGAGGUGCUGGAGCUGAACAAAGAGCUUCGCCAGUGCAACCUGCAACAGUUUAUCCAGCAGGCAGGGACUGCACUGCCCCCCCGGCUCCAGGGCUCCGACCCCAGCCCGGUCUCCCCGGGCCUGCAGCAGGUGAGAGAGCCUCCGGCUGCUCUGUGUUCCCUGCAGGGCCCUCCGACCUCUCCAACAAGCUCGUCGCACGCUUUGCCGAGAUGUCCAGCCUGAGCCUCCGAGGACGUAGGCGGCUCUCGUGGGCCCCACGCCUCAGAGCAGCUCAGCUGGACCAGGAGGCGGCCACCGAAGGCUGCCAGAGCACCGGGGGGACAGGAGUCCCCGGAGGAGGGAGACCCACGGACAGAAGCCCUCGGCCCGCUGCCUGGAGCGCCCUUCCUUCCUUCCGCAACUGAGACGCGGCCAGUCACCUAGGAGGCCGCCCGGGUGCAGGGUGGCGUGGCUCACUGGGCGGGUCCCCCUGCAAUAAACGGACCCAAGUCUGCCGGA